AUGAGCCAGCAAGUGGUGGUCCGGCUGGAUCCGCAUGAGGAUCUGCGGAUGCUGCAAGAUCUGUACGAUGAGAUGUGGCUGUCCAAGGCCGACUACCUCCGACUCAAGCACACUAUUCUCGAUCGGUGCUGUGGGCCCGGGACAGAGUACUUUUCCAUGGUCCAGGUGUUUGGCAAGAAGAAGAGCGCCGAUGACGGUCUUGGGACGGGCAAGCCGUACUGCCACCGCAAGCGUGGCCCGCGCGGUCCGCAGCGGUGCUCGCCGUGUCCAUCAGCCGAGGUGUGCGGCGUGGAGCGGCUGCACAGCGUGCCGAAGCGCGGCAAGCGAUCGGCGAGCAAGGCGAAGCAGGCGAAGCGGAGUAAGGGCAAGAGCAGCAGCAGCACGAGCUCUGCGAGCAGUGGCAGUGAUGUUGCGAGCAGCAGGCAGCAUGCAGGAGCCGGGCAGUGUGACGGAAGACCAACGAUGAUGGAGAUGGAGGAGACGGUGUUUGAAGUGGCGGCGUCUCCGUCGCCGCCUAGGCCGGCGCGCAAAAAGGCCAAGAACAUGGAGGGAAUGGCUGCGGGUGUGGGUGCGACACCGAUGACACCGCGGACGCCGCGGCGGUCGCGGACGAUGACGCUGCCGCGGUCACCGGCGACGCCGCUGGGUGGGCUGGCAAGUGGAGCGGGGAUGUCCAAGGGCCGGACGCCGGGGUCGUCGAGCCGGAAGCGGGCGCGGGCGCUCGCGGCCGACUACGAGUCCGAGUACGACGAGUACGACGAGUACGAGGACGGCUGUGAAGCUGGGCCCUCUGUGAGCCAGGCAGACAUCCAUGCCAAGCUUGCGCAGUUCCGGACCGCGCUCUGGACGCCGUGUCCGGGCGUGUAUGAGGGCCGGGCCGUGACGAUGGUGGGUGGCGAGAUCCAAGCCAAUUCGCUGUUUGUGCGGCUCGACACGGGCGAGCUGGUGGAUCUGUUCUCCGUCCAGCCCGACGGACUCUCUGCACCAGCUUUGGCCAACGCCAAGCUUGUGGAUGAGUACAUUGCAUGGGUUGUGGCGCUGCGGAGCGCGUUUGCACGGUGAUGACCGACUGCGCCGCGCGGUAGAGUAAAUGACAAGGCUACG